AUGACUUUUGUCAUUUUUACCACCGUGCUCUUGGGCCUCUUGGCCAAAAUAUUCAUCCCGAUAUGGAGGAACUACGUCGCUGCUCGGGAGACAGGGCUUCCUAUCGUUACAAGCCUGAUCGACCCGACUAGUGCCUUGUGGGCGUUGACUAAAAGAAUCUUUCUCCCAUACCUGAGCCUCCUCCCCGGCGAUGUUGGGCGAAAUUCCAAGCUGAAUGUUUUCGGCUGGCAGUUCAGGGCGAAGAAUACUGUACACCAACGCCUCGGUAACGUUUUCGUGCAGGUCACACCAUCGCACAACAUCGUCAACAUUGCCGACCCGGACUUGAUCCAGCAAGUUUUCCAAAGAAUUGAUGAUUUUCCGAAGCCCCGUCAAAUAUACCGGCGUCUUGAGGUCUUUGGCCCGAAUCUAGACUCGCUCAACGGCGAUGACUGGAAGAGGCACCGCAAAUUGACCGCACCAGCUUUCAAUGAACGCGUGAGCAGUCUAGUCUGGGAGGAAGGCUCAACGCAAGCUCGCCUGCUGCUAGAGGUGAUAUAUGCCACUUCGACCAGAACCACACAGAACAUCACAGAAACUUGUCAAGCUAUCGCGCAUCACGUACUCGCAUAUGCUGGUUUUGGGGUGCGCAGUCAACACGGCAUAGACGUUACGGACCUCCCCCCUGGCCAUCAGUUGGCUUACAACGACGCUCUCUGUACUGUGCUGGCAAACAUGGUCCUGGCUAUUGUAAUGCCAGCACGCGUAUUGACGUCUUCGUUGGCACCAAAGCGCUGGCAGAAGGUCGGACUCGCCUUUCGGGAGUUCAGCAAGUACAUGCAGGAAAUCCUUGAGCAAGAGCGUACCACGACCGAGAACGGGAUCGCCGUAGGGGGCUCACCCCGCAGAUCUGAGUCACUCACAAGCGCCCUUAUCAAAGCGUCAGAGGAGGAAAAGAACACCGCAGGCAAAGACUCAGCUAAGGGCUUAAGCGACGAGGAAGUCUACGGCAACAUGUUCAUCUUCAAUUUUGCGGGACAAGACACCACCGCAAAUACUAUGGCCUACGCCAUCGCGCUCAUGGCCAUCCACCCGGAGAUUCAGGAAUGGGUUAGGGAGGAGGUAGUUGCUGUCUUUUCUCAACACAACCCACAAGAAUACGACCAGGUCUUCCCUCUCUUAAAGCGAGUACGAGCACUAAUGUACGAGACAUUGCGCUUAUAUCCACCGAUUGUCUACCUGCCGAAGCUGACGUCGUCAACUCCGACCGUCCUGUCAGCAACCGACGGCGACUCCCAGCGUCGAGACAUCGUGAUCCCACCCAACAGCUACGUUGUUGUCAACUUCAUGCACUUACAUUGUUCGCAUGAGCUGUGGGGCAAAAAUGCACUGAAAUUUCGCCCAAGCCGCUGGAUUGCAAGCCCAGACUCCCACGAGACCUCUUCCGGUUCAGGAUACUCGAAAGAUGAAAAGCUGGAACGACCACCACCAGGUGCUUUCAUCCCAUGGGCUAUGGGGCCCCGCAACUGUCCCGGAAUGAAAUUCGCCCAGGUCGAGUUUGUGAGCGUCAUCGCAUCGCUCCUUGUAGAUAGCCGGGUGGAGGCUGCGCUGCCUCCGGCCCUGCAGGAUCAGGCGGAGCUCAAAGGCUUGCAUGGAAUGGAGAUCACUGACUUAGCCAGGGAGAGACUCAGUUCUGUGGUGGAGGACUCUGAUGUGAGGGUGACAACUACAAUGUUGAGACCGGAUGAAGUUUGGCUACGCUGGCGUAGGAUUACUUAA